UGACGACCCCAGCGUGCGGGUGGCGCUGCUCUCCAUCACCGCCGCGGCAGUGGGUCUGGACUUCAGUGCGGCGGCUGCCGUGGUGUUUGUGGAGCUGCCCAAUGAGGUGUCGCUGUUACAGCAGGCGGAGGACCGAGCGCACCGCAAGGGCCAGGCGCACAACUGUGUCAACGUGUACUUCCUGUGUGCGAAGGGCACAUGCGAUGAUAAGAGGUGGCAGAAGCUCAACGAGUCCCUCAAUAACCUCACUCAGGUGCACGACGGAUCGGCCGCUGCUGAGGGAGGUCACGGCGGAGCUGCAGCAGCGGAGGGCGGCGGGGGCGCUGACGGUGGUCAUGGCGGUGCUGCUGCUGGCGGCGGUGCCGUACAUCGGCCUGUAAGGGGUCUGGCGGUUGAUGCCGUUGUGGAUUUGGAGGAGCAGCAAGAGGUGGAGGAGGAGGAGGCCAGGAAGGAAGGGGGAGAUGCCGCAAAGGAUGGGGAGGUGAAUGCCGCAGCCACGCGCUCAGCAGAGGAUGACACUGCUGCUGCUGCUGCUGCUGCUGCUGCCACCACCGUUGUCACCGCGGAUUCUUCUGCUGAGGCUGCGGGCGAUGUCCCAGCAAGCGGCAGCCCGCAUCCCGGCCCUCAAGCGGCAGCCGCGUCGGAUUCCGCAGAAGCGGUGGCUGAGGGUGCUAAGGCGGGGUCCGGGGUUGCCGCUGGCAGGGAGGCGGAGGGAGCGUUGCGGCCGGCAGAUGUGAUUGACUUGUCGGCAGAGGGGCCAGCAUUCCAGGAGGAGCAGGCGGAAGAGGACAGCAGCCGUGAAGUGUGUGAGGGUGGUGGUGAUGGAGCAGGAGGAUGCAGCGGCGCAGGAGCAGCAGCAGGUCGCAAGGAGAUUGCGGAGACUGCGGUGGCCGCUGAGGCGUCAGAGGGUGAAACGGGCGACAUGCCUCGUGACGGCGGCGGCGGCUCUCAAACGCAGCAGCAGCUAUGUCCAGAGCGCACGCCGGCUAAGCACUUGCUGCAUCAGAAGGAUACGUCUUCACCGCAUAAGAAGAAGACAGUUUCACCACAGGGACAGCAGCCGCAGCAACUGCUGCUGACUCCGCCGCCGUCCCGCGCGGCCCCACUGACCCCUGGGUCGGUCACGCCCAGUCGGUCGGCGCUGCUGCAGAUGCUUCCGCCCUCGAUGACCUUUUACUUUGAGGUGAGCUGCCACACGGGCCGAGUGCACCUGCACCUGGCGCCCGACGGCAGCCGACCCGCGGGUCUGUCCCUUCCCCUGGAGCUGCUGCUGGCGCAUCCCGGCAGCGCCAUGCUGCGGGGCAUCCUGGAGGAGCACGCCAAAAG